AUGGAUAACGCCGUAAAUGCAGUUGGCAGGCUCUUUGCCAGACCCGACCAGGCACAAGGAGGGAGCAGCACCACCAACUCAUACAAUUCCUCUGCGUCCACCUCCACCAACCGCGAAGCAAACACCAGCCGCACUGGAAACAGCAGCCGUAAUGAGAACAGCAACAUCAACCGCAACGCAAACAGCAACCGAAAUACAACCACCAGUAACGAGGAAGACACAACCCUUGACUCCGAAGUUUCACCUGCCGUUGAGCACAGACACGUCAAAAAGCAACACGAAACUCGCGAGCAGACCUUCAUUCAUAAAGAUAAACAUCAAGAUCACUACCAUACCACCAUCCAGCCUCUCAAAGACUCUGAGACGCUGCCCGAGAAGCACGAUCGCACCCAAGAGACCAGGCGCCGCAGCAUCAACAACGAUCACAGUGAUGCGAAGAAGAAGGCCGAGGCUGGUCGAUCUGGAUUCAAGAACACGACUGACCAGGAGCAAUUUGAAACUAAGACCAAGGAGCGGACGCAAGAAGAUGUGCAUAUUCACAACCACUGGCAUGAGACUGUGCAGCCAGUCAUUGAGAAGGAGGUCAUUGACCCAUCGGUCACUCACAAGAGAAUUGACGUCGAGGAGAAUAUCCAAGAACCUGCAAAAUACCAUGGUGUGACGACUAAUGCCGCCGUUUCUGCUGAGGAGUUCAUGAAGAAGCAUAAUGUAGAGAAGAAGUAG